UCAAAAUGUUAGCAUCAAAUAUGCAGCUUAUUCACUGCAUAUAGAUCACAUCUACUGUUUCCAUUACUUUCUUAGUUACUUAUUACUCGUUGUGUUAUGGCAUAGAUAUGAUGGUACUUGUAACUAAGAGCAUGAUUGUGGUGUUGCUAUGCGGCACUCUCAGUCAGUGCAGUGCAGCUGGAACAGUCAGCUUUUGCAGUGGUAGUGAAUCUCAGAUAGUAAUGGAGGGAGGCAGUUUGUCAGUCUGUGUGGAGGCUAUACUGGACCCUGGAGAUAGUGUAGAGGUGGGACUAUCAGUCACUCCGGCAGGAGAACUUGAUGUUCCUGCAAACACAUUGCAUCUGAAUGACACUACUACUAUUGAUUGUUGGAUGGUUACUGCCACAGACAAUGACAUUUAUGAAACUGAUAGUCAGAUACUUACACUGAAUCUUGUUCUUGUGAACCCAACUCCGUCAGAUAUUGUACUGACAGAUCCAAGUACUGCAACUAUCACAGAAAUGGAUGAUGAAGUGGUGAUGGUAAAGUUUACAACCUCAGCGGGAGAAAAUAUAGAAGGUGUUAUUCUUGUGGCAGAAGGGCAAUCUGUUGAGGUGUGUGUUUCAGUCAGUGGUGCAACCAUUAGUGAGAGAGAGGUGGUGGUGCAAGUAGCUACUAGCGAACUGCAAGACGAUCCAAAGGCAGCAACCUCGAACAUGGAUUAUAAACAUGUUACAAAGGACGCAACAUUAACUUCGAAUGAAUCACAAGUUUGUAUGAUUAUUAUUCGAGCAAGAAUAGACCUUAUUUAUGAGAAUAACGAGGUAUUUGGUGUGAACCUGUCAAUUGAUGCCAGUGCUAAUCUGAGGGUCAGACUUGGGGCACAGAAAACUGUUUGCAUUAGGGAUGGGGAUAGAGCUGUAGUAUCGCUAGUGAACACAAUAAUAAUGCAGAAUGAAGGAGAUGGUGAUGUCUCAGUGUGUGCUAGACUAGACUCUCCAGUGGGAGGGACAGAGAAAGAGAUAUUUAUAACACUCAAUAGUAUUGACUUCACCUUCCCUGCCAACUCUUCUGUGGAAGAUACCCAGUGCCUGACUAUCAAAGUUACUAUUGACAAUGUGUACCAAAGAAGUCCAGUGUUGAUGCAGACUGUUACCCUCAGCAAAAUGGAUGAUCAAGAAAGAUUGUAUCUGACAAACACAGUGACAAUGGUUACUAUCAACGAUGAUGAUGAUGCUGUUAUCUCCAUGGUCAAUGAUACCGUGACAACUACCGAGGGUGGUGUGGCUUAUGUGUGUGCUAAUUUGGUCAGUCCAUCUGGUGGAACAAGUGUACCCAUCACUGUUGUGUUUGUUUGGAGUGGAGAAUCAAGCAUUGAAACCUUCUCAGCUAACUCAAACCCAAACACUGAGGUGUGUAUGCAACUGACAGUGGCAGAUGAUGAUAUAUACGGGACGUCUCCAGUUGCUGUUAUGAUAAGCAAUUUCAACUCAAGAGUGUCUGUUGGAACAAGAAACCAAACCAUAAUAACAGUCAGGGAUGAUGAUGAUGUCACAAUUGAAAUGAAGAAUGAAACUUUGGACCAAAAUGAAGGAGAUGGUGGUGUCACUGUCUGUGCAAUACUCACUGGGCCCCCAGGUGGUCUAGAACAAUCAGUCACUGUCCAGUUCACUGCUCCAGCAAACCUAUCUCCUAAUGGACAACAGACACUAACCUUCCCUAGUGGAGCUACUGAACGAUGCAUCACUUACACUGACCCUGUGAACGAUGAUGAACUGUUUGAGACCACAAGUCCCCUUGCAUCAUUUAUUGUGACAUUGAGUGAUAACCAGGAUCGUGUUACUGCCACUGGUAUCACCAUAAUCAAUGUGUACGAUGAUGAUGAUGCUGUUGUCUCCAUUGUCACUCCUACCAUGACAACUAUCGAGGGUGGUGUGGUUGCUGUGUGUGCUAAUCUGGACAGUCCAUCUGGUGGAACAAGUGUACCCAUUACUGUUGUGUUUACUUGGAGUGGAGGAUCGGACUCUUCAAUCUUCUCAGCUAACUCAAACGCAAACACUCGGGCGUGUAUAUGGCUGACAGUGGCAGAUGAUGAUAUAUACGGGACGUCUCCAAUACCAGUCACUGUUGUGUUAAACAUUUCUAGUCCUAUCUCAAGAGUGUCUGUUGGAAAUAUUGGUCAAACCAUAAUAACAGUCAGGGAUGAUGAUGAUGCUGUUGUCUCCAUGGUCAAUGAUACCAUGACAACUACCGAGGGUGGUGUGGCUAAUGUGUGUGCUAAUCUGGUCAGUCCAUCUGGUGGAACAAGUGUACCCAUCACUGUUGUGUUUGUUUGGAGUGGAGGAGGAUUGGACUCUGCAAUCUUCUCGGCUAACUCAAACACUCGGGCGUGCAUACAACUGACAGUGGCAGAUGAUGAUAUAUACGGGACGUCUCCAAUACCAGUGUACACUGUUAUGAUAAGAAAUUUCAACUUAAGAGUCACUAUUGGAACAAUUAGCCAAACCAUAAUAACUGUCAGGGAUGAUGAUGAUGUCACCAUUGAAAUAAAGAAUGAAACUCUAAACCAAAAUGAAGAAGAUGGUGAUGUAACCGUCUGUGCAAUACUCACUGGGCCCCCAGGUGGUCUAAGACAAUCAGUCACUGUACAGUUCACUGCUCCAGCAACUGUCCUAAUUCUUAAUGGAAAACAGACAAAUGAUGUAACCUUCCCCAGUGGAGCUAAAUUUUUCUCUGAACAAUGCAUCACUUACACUGACCCUGUGAGGGAUGAUGAACUGUUUGAGACCACAAGUCCCCUUGCAUCAUUUACUGUGACAUUGAGUGAUAACCAGGAUUGUGUUACUGCCACUGGUACCACCACAAUCAACGUGUACGACGAUGAUAAUCCUGUGUUGGCUCUAUCACAAUUGUCUUACACCUUUGCCGAAGCUACGAAGGAGACUGGAGAGAUCUGUGUUAUGUUUGAGGGUCCAUCUGGAGGACUGGCAACUGGAACACUUGAAGUGCUGUUCACUAUUGACACAGGGAAUAUCAAUAGACCAGCAACUCCACAAGUUGAUUUUACUACAAGUUCUCUUAUGCAAACAAGGCAGUUUUUAACUAUUGGAGAGUCCAGAUGUAUCUCAGUGACAAUAGUUGAUGACGUCACCGCUGAUCCUGGUGAAUUAUUUCGAGUUCUAUUAACUUCUCCAAACAAUCGAAUUACGUUUAGAGGUGGAGCGGUUGCUAUAGUAAUAAUCGACAAUGAUGAUGUGCUGCCGGGUCCAACUAACCUCAGAAAUUCUACAACAGAACCCAAAAGUGUGAUAUUGAUGUGGGACCCUCCUGAUACCACUUCGAUUACUGUAGCACUAAUUGGGUACAGCGUACAAGUGACAGGGACCAGUGGUUUCCCAUCAAUGUCACAUACUACAAAUUCUUCCUUCAUUGUCAUCAACAACCUUUUUCCUUACCAACAAUACCAGUUCUCUGUCAGUGCUAUUUAUGAGGAAGACAACAUUGGGGAAAUUGUUUCAAUUGUUGUAAGAACAAGACAAGAGGCUCCUGGAAUACUAACUGCUCCAACAGCCACUUCCACGGCAACCACCCUCACCCUCUCCUGGGAUCCACCAGCUGAACCUAAUGGAGUCAUCAUCACCUACACACUGUAUGUGGACUACCUCAAUGGUACCAUCACAAACAUUCCUACUCCAUCUGCAUCAUUCCUAUUAUCUCCCCUGAGCCCCUAUCAAACUAUAUCAGUGCAAGUAUCAGCCAGUACUUCAGUUGGUGAGGGACCAAGAACAAACUCUACUAGGUUCACUACAGCUGAGGCCAAGUCUGGCCCAGUUGGUGAUCUAAAUGUCCUAAGAGUGAAUAAAACCACCUUCACUGUCAACUGGGUUGCGCCUGCCGAGGUCAAUGGAGUGUUACUAACAUACACCAUCAGGACCAACGAGGAAGGAAGCAGCUCAGCAGAUACAGAGUACAAUACUUUAGCUACCUUGUUCACCAUACAUGAAUUAGCCCCCUAUACUCCCUAUGUGGUAUCAGUGGCUGCCAUCAAUGGCGCCGGUAUUGGAGAGCCUGUCAGUGUUGUAGAAUUCACUGCUGAAGGAGUUCCUCUAAUCCAUCCUCGAGAUAUUGGUUCUACUCGACUGAAUGGAACAGCUGUGAGGGUGUCAUGGAGACCACUCAGUCGCUCAGAGGCUAGAGGCUUCAUCACUAACUACACCAUCACCUACUGGAGAGUUGGUUCUAAUACUGCAAAUGCUAUUACCAUUACUGUAUCUGGGGAAGACGCCAGCUCUGCUACAAUUAUUAAUCUCGACCCAAACUCUGAUUACUACUUUACUGUGUCAGCUGGUACAGUACAGGGAGUGAGCAAUGUCAGUGCUGCCAUUGUUAUACCAACACAGUCAUCAGGGAAUCAACCAAUGGUAGGAGUGGGAGGAAUUGCUGCAGGACUGAUCAUGGUCGUAGUUCUACUGACAAUCAUAGUCUGCAUUGUUUGCAUAGUUAGAAGGAGACAACACAGUGAAUUUGCACCUAAACAGAAGCUAAUGAAACAUGCCCCUCCACCAAAACCAAUUCGGAGUCCUGACACUUAUCCACUCCAUGGGAAGGAUAUAGAAUCUCAAGGAGAGCUGCACAAAGAAGAAGUGGAAGUGGAAGUGGAAGUGGAUACGGCCUUCUAUAACAGUGAAGACAUCGCAGUGACUGAUUUUGCCGGUCAUGUCAGAGAGCUGCACAAAGAUGAUGACACAGACUUUGAGAGUGAAUAUCGCUCUAUCAAGAAUGGAAAUCACUCGUGGAAUGUGGCACAGCUGCCCGAGAACAAGUUCAAGAAGAACAGAUUCACAAACAUAUUCCCCUAUGACCACUGUAGAGUCAAGCUGCAGUCAACAGAUGUACCUGGCUCUGACUAUAUCAAUGCUAGCUGGAUUAAGGGCUACAGGAAUGAUAAUGCUUACGUUGCUGCACAAGGUCCAAUGGCUGCAACUAUCAACGAUUUCUGGCGCAUGAUUUGGGAGAAUAAGCUCCCUACGAUUGUCAUGGUGACCAAACUGGUUGAGAGCUCCAGAGAAAAGUGUGCCAGAUAUUGGCCCAGUGCUACCGGGGAGAAAAUGGAAGUUGGGCCGAAUAUUUUCAUUCUUCUGAAGGAGAUCAAAUUGUUCACUGACUACGAGAUCAGGAUCAUGUCAAUAACGAAUGCGUCGGAGCUUGGCUCCAGUCCGUUCCUAGUUACCCACUUCUACUACCUAGGUUGGCCCGACCACGGCGUUCCACAAUAUGCCACUUCUCUCCUCGGCUACCUGAGGCGGGUACGCAAGACCCAUCCUGUAUCCGGGCCCCCCCUCCUGGUCCACUGCAGCGCAGGGGUCGGGCGUACGGGUACGUUCAUCGUACUGGAUGCCAUGCUCCAGCGCAUCCAGGAGGAGAGAGUGGUGAACGUGUACCAGUUCGUGUGGGAACUGCGGGAGAGACGAUGUCUGAUGGUGCAGACUAAGUCCCAGUACAUGUUUAUCCACGAUGCUCUGGAUGAGCUAAUAACGUGUGGGAACACUGAGAUAGCUGCUCACAACCUCAACAUUGCCACCCACCAUCUGGGCACAAUAGCCCCAGGGAAAUCACUGUCCGGAUACGAGGAGCAGUUUCAGCUACUGGAACAAGUCAGCAGGAAGCCAUCACAACAGGACAGAGACAUCAUUGCCAGCCAAGAAGUGGAGAGCAAGAACCGUUACCAUGACAAGUUCCCAUAUGAUGUUCAUCGACCCAAGCUCAUGGGAAGCUCCAAACAGGACCAGUACAUCAAUGCCAGCUUUAUAGACGGCUACAAACACAGGAGGUGCUUUGUAGUCACACAGGCUCCCCUGGACAACACAGUACUUGACUUUUGGAAGAUGGCCAAGAAUCUUGGGAGCAGGACAAUCGUGUUGCUAUGCGACCUGACUGAAAAUGGAAAGGACAUGUGUACGCAGUACUGGCCGGAUAAGGUCGACGGAGAGGUCACUUAUGGCAAGAUAACUAUCAAACUGCUCUCGGAAAAAUGCGAGAAAGAAAUCGUCGUGAGAAAACUGGAGAUAUCUCAAACUAUGAAAGUGACUGGCCGUGACUGUUACGUGCUGACUAUGUUUCAUUGCAUGACGUGGAAUGAGAAUGGGACCCCGCCGGCACCGGAACCGGUUAUACACCUGAAUGAGCUUGUGGUCAAUAAUCAGAAAUCGACAGGCAACAAACCUAUCACUGUUAUGUGCAAUGAUGGGUGUGGUCGAUCUGGCACUUUCCUGAGUGUGUACUCCACCAUCGAUAGGUUCAAAGUUGAGGCGGUGGUGGAUGUGUUUCAGUGCGUGAAGUCAGCACGUAUUCAGAGGAUGGCAUUGAUGGCCAAUACGAAGCAGUACAUACUUGUGCAUGAGGUUCUCAAGAAUUACAUGAACUCAUUUGAUCAAUACGCCAUCUUUACAGUACAGUAAAUAUCAGAGACUGUAGCUAUACCCAUGGCCAUGCAACAAUAAAUAUUAUAAUUAUGUGUCUGUCAAUUCAUUGAACACAUCAUAGAUGAACACUUUAGAUUAAAAAUGUGUGUAAAUUAAUUUAUAUAUGAUUAUUGAAAAUGAAAACUGCAAUUUUGAUUGUUUGAUCUUUACCAUC